CCAAAUUGGAAGCAGAAAUCGAAGGCAGCAUUGAACAUCACAGAAGUAAGACAGGGUGCCUAAAAUAACAACCCACUGACAAAAUUAAAGAAAGGAAAGUAACCCACUGACCAAUCGGGUAAACAGAAGAAACCUACUGACCAAUCAUGUCGAGGGAAAUAGCAGCAGUUAGUUUGGGAAUUCUGGGACUUGGUCUAACAUAUAUCAGCUAUAAAAUAUUCACCAGUGAUUCAUCUGUGGCAAAACCAAGUACUUUUUUUGGCAAAAGGAAAAUUAAACCUGUUGCACUAAAAAGGAAAGAUAAGCGUUUUGACAAAGUGGGGAAAACAGUAUGUGAGAAAAUUAAAACUAUUGAAACUCAAUGCUUCAAAGGAGUAAACAAUGCAUUGAGUCUAGGUGUCAAAGACAUAGAUAAAUUGAAGAGUAGGCUUGUAGCUAGAUGGUUGAUUAAUGAAGAGGACACCUCCGACCUUGUAACGUUGACCGAUAUUCUGAUGACUUUGAGACACAAUGGUGUUCUCGGCCCUACCAAUUACCUGGAGAAUGUGACAAUUAUACUUCAAGACAUUGGAAUAGGACUGAAUCAAAAAUCAAAGGAGCUGUUAAAUAUCCUCAGGGAUGGUGUCAUUGACCACAUUGAAGCAGACAUUCAGAAUCAGAACAAAACGGCUUGGGAUUCGGACAGCAAAAAGAUAGAUAUAUAUGUUCUGUAUUCCCAGGAUGAUUUUGACAUGGCCCAAACCUUUCAACAAAACAUUUACAGAUAUGUAAGUACCAAAGACGUGAAUGUUGUCCUGAUGGAUGAUGUGGGACAUGGGAUGACUAUAUUCCGAGCAUUUGAACAGGGAUUGAAGUCCUCAAUAUACACUUUCGUAUUAGUAACAGAAACCUUCAUUAAAGAUGAAGUGAAGAAGUUUCUGGCAGGAACUGGCUUGAUUGAAAACCUUCAAAGUUCUGCUAGGUUAUGGAGACUUGUACCAGUAUGGAUGGACUCUGGUAUAAAUGAGUCAGGAAAAUGUCCACUGGAGUUUGCUAUGUUGCAGGGUUUGCGCUAUGAUAGGUUUUUGGAAAAUAAGGGAGAGAUAACAGUUUUCAAAAAUAUUGACAGGCUUCUUAAAAAGGGUAGGAAAAGAGAAAUGGAUGAGGGUCUGAGAGAAGAAAUGGUGGAAGGUGACUAAGUGCUUCUCAUCUUGGUUGCUGUAUACAGAGUUAUAUCACAGCAGUGUUAUUUCCGCAAUUAACAUGUUAUGGUAAUUUAUCGUAAAUCCAAAGGUUUCAACAGCACUGUUGACAUUGGUUUGUCCAAUAACAAAAUAAACCUAACAAUCAUGAAAUUGGAUAUUUAUUUGAUUCAAACAUAUUUGUUGACGCAAAAUUGAGAAGAGGAUCAGGUACAAGUUAUUCCCACUUAUCUAUGUCUUUUCCUCUAACACAAAUUCAGCAUGGUACAUGCAGUCUAGUGGUAAGACGCCCGUUUUUUUACCGAAUGGUUGCGGUUCCAGUCAUGGCACUGUGUUGUAUCUUUGAGGAAGAUACUUUACUCCGCUUGUUCCAAUCUACACAGCUGUGAAUG